AUGAAGAACAAAGAGAGCAAGCGACUCUUUUCGACUUACAAUUCAUGCAUUGCCCUUUUCAGGUCAGCUGGAUUGAGGGGAACGAGCAAGUGGAGACUGAUUGAUUGCAGGAGAUUAUCCAAGUCUACCAACACCAGGGAUUUGUGGGUGCGAUGUGCAGUCUUGACAGCAACGGUUGUCUUCCUGGCAUCGAUGAUGUGGCACUGGAUACCUCAGAAGACAAGUCUGAAUACGGAACAUAGAGCACAACCAUCGUCUCAGCCUGCAGUUGCGAGAGCGAGAUGCUCACCGACUGUUGACAUGCAUCACGUCGGCUCAUGCAAGCCAUUCGCAUCAUUCCAGCAAGAUUGCAGUUUGUCGCCCGAACAAGCGUACUCUCGCAUACUGACAGCGGCUGCGGCGGCUCUCAAGGGCGAAAAGGUGAGGGAAGUGAAGCAAGGGAACGGAGUUACUCUGAUCAAUGAGUAUCUUCCAACCAAUGUUUGGGUGCUGUCUGGAGACGAGCUGUUCGUGUUCCCGACUUGCGAGGUCGGUGAUACCUUCGACAUCCCGCUGCCAUCGGCCAACAGGAAUUCCAUCGCAAAGGUGAGGAGUAUCUCCCCGCGGGUCCUCGAAGUAGAAGAUUUCCUCACUCCCGAGGAAUGUCACGAACUCAUCUCGUCGGCGAAGCCGUUGAUGUCUCGGAGCACAGUAAGCGCAGAAGGUGACUCAGCGGUGUCGCUUCAGGAGAGCUCGCGGACCUCCAGCACAGCUUGGCUUCCACCCCACUCGCACACCCUUGCCAAUAAGCUGUACGACAGAGUUUCGAGCCUUGUUGGCAUUGAUUUUCGAAAGCACGAGCAUGUCGUGGUCGAGGAUUUACAGGCAAUCGACAAGAGGGGUGGAAGUAGCGUAACAGCCUGGCAGGUUCUUCGAUACGAAGUGAACCAGCACUAUCACAUUCACCAUGACUACUUCGACCCUGUGCUGCAUCGCGGCUUUCUACAAGGAGACGGCAGGAACCGAUUCAUUACUGCCUUCUUCUACUUAACCGAUGUUGAGCGUGGUGAUCCUCGGCCCAUCACCGACUACUCCGACUGCAAUCGCGGGCUGCGCGUCCCUCCGAAGCGAGGCAAGGCAAUCAUUUUCUACUCGCUGCUGGCCGAUGGACAGAGAAGCGGAGGACUCGAUGUCGCCUCCUGGCAUGGCGGGUGCGACGUUCACAACGGAACGAAGUGGGCAGCGAACUACUGGAUCACUCUCAAAGGGGUGCAUCCUCAGCGUUGA